AUGCGACUUGUAAUACCUUCGAUAUUCAUCAUCUACUUUUCAUGUAUAUGUGCUCAAACUACAGUUGUACCUAACUACUAUUGCUAUGAAAAUGAUGAUGUUAUACAGUUUACAUUAUCUUCGUUACCUCAUUCUGCAUGGCAACCGACAUUAAGCUGCUCUCUACAACAGUGUAAUGAAAGUCCAACUGAUAAUAACACCUGUCGUUCAUCAUCAACACCUUGCUAUGACUACCGCACACAUAACAAUACCAGUUAUUGUGCACCCGGUAUACUAUGUUCUCUUUUGGAACCCUGUAACAAUAUUACCUAUACUUGUGCAUCAAAUAAUUCUGCAUCACCAUUGAAGUUAGACGUACCAGCUCAGAACCGUUUCUCAUCGGAUCAGCAUUUGAUAACCGUAGGUACUGCUUCAACAACGACUACAAGCAUAGCUAGUACAACUUCCACUACUUCAAGCGCGACUACAAUAAUGCCAACAACUACUACUACAGCAAUGCCAACAGCUACUACAACAACAACUACUACUACAGCAAUGCCAACAGCUACUACAACAACAACAACAACAACAACAACUACUACAACAUAG